GAGGGGACAGAAUAUAAUGGAAAGAGAGGAACUGUCCUGCAUCCUGCACCUAUCUCCACUCUCAUGUCCCAGUGAGCACAGAUACAUGCAUCAACAGCAGAACCAGGCACAGGAAUCUGGGCAGGAAAAAGGGAACUUCAGAGUCUGGAGGCCUUCUUCAUUGUUAUUUGUCAUUCUGGAAUCUACUGAAGAUUUUGGGCAUCUGAGAGGAGCAGGGCUUUCUGGGAAUGGGACCACCCACCAUGGUUGUGUCCCCCACACCCCAGCAACAGGAAUAUGGUAAUGACAGUGCUACAGAGAGAAGGGUAAAUGAGAGUGAGGCUUCUUGGACAUCUGAAGGAUUUCAUUUUUAUCAUUGGACGAGCAUGUUGUCUCUGUUUGUUGCCCCCAUUGGGCUGCUGGGGAACGGCGUGGUCCUGUGGCUCUUGGGCUUCCGCAUCCAAAGGACCCCCUUCUCUGUCUACAUCCUCAACCUGGCGGCAGCCGACGCCUUCUUCCUCUGCUGCUCCUUUCUGGACUUCUUCAUGAGCCUUCUUACCUGUUUUUAUUCUGGAAUGUACAUGGUUGUGACCUACCUCCAAUGCAUGCCCUACACUGUGGGCCUGAGCAUCCUGGCCGCGAUCAGCACCGAGCGCUGUCUAUGCGCUCUCUUCCCCAUCUGGUACAGAUGUCGCCGCCCCAAGCACACGUCGGGCGCCUUGUGCGCCGGGUUCUGGGCUCUGGCCGGGAUGAUGCAAGUCACAGCGUUUCUCAUUUGGAAAUAUUUGGUUCCUCACCGUUUCUGCCCCAUCUUCCUCAUUAUCUAUUUCCUGUGGUUCCUCCUCCUCACCUGCAUCAUGUGCGUGUCCAGCCUGACUCUGCUGCUGAGGGUCCAGUGCAGCUCCCAGCGCCGCCAGCCCCCCAGGCUCUACCUCCUGGUCAUGCUCACGGUCCUUGUGUUCCUGCUCUUCGGCCUGCCCUGGGGAAUCGGGGAUUCAAUAUAUAUUCCCUUCAUAAAUGAUUCCAUGCCUUAUGGCCUCCUUCAGUCCCUGGCUUGUGUGAACAGCAGCCUGAACCCCUUCAUUUACUUCUUCGUGGGCAAACAAGGGCAUAAAGGGAGGGAGCCCCUCAGGCUGGUCCUGCAGAGAGCUCUGGGGGAGGAGCAGGAGGUGGGAGGGGGGAUGAGGGACAUCCCCCAAAGCAAUACCCAGGAGACCUCAUCAUGAGGCUAAGAACAAGAGGCACAGAGAUGAGGCCCAAGAAAUAAGCCCCUGCUCCAGGCCACCUGCAGCCCCUUCCCACCUCCCUGCCAGGAAAAGCACAAUUCCCUCUGUCAUUCUUUAGCUUUGUGUCCAGAGUUUCCAUUCUAAGGGAUGAGCAAACAUUUAUUAGGUGUAAGCCAGGUAGGUGGGGAUGGCAGAAGAUAAGAGCUCCAGGGGUUGGAAUGGGAAGAACUGGGAUAUGCCUGACAUACUUGCCAUCUCUGUGACCUUGGGCAAAUCACUUAACUCUAUUUGCCUUAGUU